AUGCUGGCCACUUCGAGCCGAACUCGGGUCGCAGACGUCAUCGCUACGGCUAAAAUGGCACAAUCUGUGACCCUGCAGCGCACGCUUGCCACCGCCGCCAGGAGCGCGAAUAAGCCACCUACAGGUGUGCUGCUCAUGAACAUGGGUGGCCCCUCCACAUCGACGCACGAGGAGGUUGGCGACUUUCUCUCACGUCUCUUCCACGACCGCGAGCUCAUCCAGCUCCCCUUCCAGUCUCGCCUUGCCCCCCUCAUCGCUCGUAGGAGGACCCCCAAGAUUGUCGACCAGUACGAGAAGAUUGGUGGCGGAUCGCCCAUCUUGCGCUGGACCAGGACACAGGGCAAGGCCAUGACCGAAUUGCUGGACGAACUUCAUCCAGAGACUGCGCCACACAAGGUGUAUGUCGCCUUCCGAUACGCCCGACCUCUGACAGAAGAGGCACUUGACGAGAUGGCCGAGGAUGGCGUCACACGUGCGGUUGGCUUCACGCAGUAUCCUCAAUACAGCUGCAGCACCACCGGUAGCAACCUCAACGAGCUGUACCGAGAAAUUCAGAGGCGCAAGGAACGGGGCGCACCUGAGGCCAACAUCUCUUGGUCACUCAUCGACCGAUGGCCCACUCACCCUUUGCUCGUCGAGGCUUUCACCAACCGCAUCCAAGCUGUGCUCGACACGUACCCGGAGGAGAAACGCAACCAGGUGCCCAUCAUGUUCAGCGCCCACUCGCUUCCCAUGCAGAUCGUUUCGGGGCGAGGCGACCCGUACCCCGCAGAGGUAGCUGCCACCGUUGCUGCCGUCAUGACACGGUUGAAGUGGAGCAACCCUUACCGAGUCACGUGGCAGUCGCAGGUGGGACCCGCCGCCUGGCUUGGUCCGCAGACGAGCGACACGAUCAAAGGUUGGGCCAAGCAGGGCCACAAGGACGCCAUUGUGGUACCUAUCGCUUUCACCAGCGAUCAUAUCGAAACCCUCUACGAGAUCGACAUUGAGCUGCAGGAGGAGGCUGAGGAACACGGCAUUACCCUCAAGCGUGCCGAAUCGCUCAACGACGAGCCCACCUUCAUUCGAGCCAUGGCCGAGAUCUGCGCUUCGCACCUCUCGGCUGUCGAGGGCACGCCCAGCAGAAUUCCAGAAGAAAAGCGUGGAGAGGAUGUUUGGAGUCAAGGUUACACGAGCAAGCAGAUGCUGCUCCGAUGCCCCGGCUGCGUAAACUCGAUCUGCGGUGAGCAAAAGGCUUUCUUCGGCCGUACCUAG